UCCGUAUAAUCGUUCCUUCUCUCAUUGUUUGUUCUGUUGCAGGGGAAUCGUGGGAGCCGCAGCUCGGCCGAGCCACAAUGCGCAACGUCGCCUUAGCGAGAGCGAUACGACAUCGUUGGACGGGCUUUACGUAAAUUGAUUGAGGAGCGUGACCUGGGCCAAGAGCGUGGAGCGAUCGAGUUUCGAGGGAAUGUCAGCGAGUUCGAGUAAUAAGCUCUGGCGGUCCACAACGGGACUGGACGAUGCUGGGAUGGAUCUGCGAAUGGCCCAGUUCAGUGCCCAUACCAGUCGAGAGUUCGACUCAGCCUCGACUCAGGCAGGACUGGAAAGGCAGCUGCCCCUCGUCGUAGCUCUCUGUGCGAUCGCUGGCGCCAUUCUCUUUGCUUUCCUGAUUCUGUUAUGGCUGCGGCAGCAAAUGUCGCGUGAGAAGGACGCGGAGGAGGGCGAUAGGCGAGGCUUGGUGGAGGAAGGAACGGUCUGUUCACCAGAGGAGGCGAGCAAGUCUAAAAAAUCAAAAGUUCUGACGGAAAUCAAAUGGGUGGCGGAGUCCGUGCCAGAAGUUUCAACGAUGACAUCAGCAACAGUUGUAACGACAGCCACGGUGGUAGCAGUCACCACGGAAAACGUCAAUACCAAGCAGGUGGAGAAGCCUAAGAUACAGACGGAGACCCGCUGGAUGCCGGAGCCAGUGCCACACACAUCGACGACCUGCCUAGAGAUUGCGGCGGCGACAGCGACAGCGACAGCGACAGCGACAGCGACAGCGACAGCGACAGCGACAGUGCCGUGCAGAGUGUCGCGGCCGUCGUCCCGCCGUGACGGCAACCGGCGCACUCGUUCCAUGUACUCGGCCCACGGACCCGUGCUCGCCACCCCAGAGCGCAGGCCCGAUAAUGUGCGACGGGCGCCGAAGGGUCUCCUCGAGCGACGCGGCUCGAGCGCGAGCCUCACCAUCGACCUCGCGCCCGCUGCGUCCGAGAGCCCACCCCACACGGUUACACCGACUCGCGAGUGUACCGCCGAAGAGUUUCUACUGAGCACCGGCAACGUACUAAGCAGGGCCCAACUGAGGAAGGCCGUCAACGAGCCAACCUCGCUCCACAAGGAGUUCUGGCAAGUGCCUCUCAAUUACCCCAAGGAGCUCGACGUAUGCGGAUUCGGAAUCAAGAAUAGGUACAGCUCGGUCCUGCCCAAUCCCAAGUCUAGGGUCGUCCUGCCGGGCAGCGACGAUCCACUCACCACCUACAUCAAUGCCAAUUACGUUAGGGGCUACGACGACGACGUGCGUUACAUCGCAACCCAGGGCCCACUGUCGCAUACGAUACAGGACUUUUGGAGCAUGGCCUGGGCCGAGCGCACCCCCAUCAUCGUCAUGAUAACGAGGCUCCACGAGGCUUCCAAGACCAAGUGCGAGCCCUAUUUCCCACUGGAGAUAAACUCACGCUUACAAGCCGGCCCCUUCACCGUCAUCCUCGGCUCUAUGGACACUCGGGGUGGCUACACGGUGCGCGACCUCGAGGUCAGGCACGAGAACGAGAGGCGUGUCAUACAGCACUACUGGUAUGACUCCUGGCCGGAUCACGCGGUGCCCAAGACGGCCGAUGCUCUAGUCGGCCUGGCAGCGGAGAUCAACACGCUACCUGGGCCGAUAAUCGUGCACUGCAGCGCUGGAAUCGGCAGGACGGGAUGUUUUAUCGCCCUGGCGUCGGGGAUGACGCAGCUGAAACGCGAAGGGAACGUGGAUAUUUUAGGGAUAUUGUGCCAAAUGAGGUACGACCGAGGUGGUAUGGUACAAACGGCAGAACAAUACGAAUUUUUACACAGAGCUCUUUGUCUGUUCGAGGAAACGCUGGAGUGUAAGAUAUCGAAGGAGGAUAAGCUGAGAGAAAAGCCAAUAUAAGGAUUGCGAUUUAGCAAUUCGAUCAGGUAAAAUGUUAAUUAGAACUGGGCAAAAAUGAAAAAUCGUCACAAUUAAAUCACGUCUUUUGGCAACUCGUUUAAGUACCUUGUCGAUUGAGCUGCCAUUGUAAAUACUGCCAUGACGUAUCUUCGAUGCCACAAUUGCGACAGGCGCAUACGUG